CGGCCCAGCCCCAGCCCCAGCCCGAGCCCAGCCCAGCCCACCGCAGCUCAGCCCUCCCCCGCGCGCGCUCGCUAGCUCCCUCGUUCCGUGCCUCCGCCCGCCCCGGACAAUAACACCGCUCCUUCUCCUCCCCUCCCUCCCCUCCUCGCCGGGCUGCGAUGCCUCGGAGCCUCCGCCUGCCCCCGCCCCCGCGCCCCGCAGCCCGGACCAGCCCCGCGCCCCUGCGCUAGCCGGCGGGGAGUGAGGGCGCAGCGGGCGCGGGGGCAUCUCGGGCGCCGGGGAUCGGGGACCUGGCUCCUCCCCGCCGCUCUGCACCUGGGCCCGGCCGCCGCCCCCGCCGCGGGGGCCCAGCCCUCAGCCCCCGAGGCUGCUCCCCCCUCGCCCCACCCUCCCCCAACCCCUCCCUGGCCGUCGCCGCCUCCUCCCCCUCCUCCUCCUCCUCCUCCUUCUCCUCCUCCUCCUCUUGCCAGCUUCAGACGCCCGGACUGCGGGAGCCAUGGAAGUCUCUGUAGAGACCACCUUCCAACAGGAAAGGCUUCAGGCCAUUGCGGAGAAGAGAAAGAGACAAACUGAAAUUGAGAAUAAACGGCGGCAAUUGGAAGAUGACCGGCGGCAACUGCAGCAUCUCAAGUCCAAGGCCCUUCGAGAGCGAUGGCUGCUGGAGGGGGCCCCCCCCACCGACUCCCAGGAGGAUGAGGUGAUGAAGAAGCAAAUGCAAGAUGACGCCGAGAAGGUCAAACAGCUGGAGGACUCCAUCCUGAGGUUGGAGACUGAGCUUGAGAUCCUGGAGACAGGGGACUCUGCCCCAGUUACCAAGGAGAACGUGGUGGUCUCUGCCCCAGCCCCAAGUCCUGUGAAGGAGGAGAGGAAGGAAGAGAAGAUUCUUAAUUCCCAGAAGACCCCCGUGGCCUCCCCCAGAGAAAAGAAAAUCAUCACCAGCAGCCCCAUGAAGGUGGUAGAAGGCACCGAGAUGAUGAAGGCAGCCAUGUACUCUGUGGAGAUAACCGUGGAGAAGGAUAGGGUGACUGGAGAAACCAAGGUUCUGUCCAGCACCACCCUGCCCCCGCAGGAGCCCUUUCUGCAGGGGGUGAAGGUGUAUGAGGACGAAAUGAAAGUUGUUCACGCAGUGGACGGCGCCACGGAGAAUGGUGUCCACCAGCUGAGCUCCUCGGAGGUGGACGAGCUGAUCCACAAAGCGGACGAGGUGACGCUGAGCGAGGUGACGGUGACGGCAGCCCCCGAAGCCCGCGGGACCCCCGAGGCAGCCAAGCCCACGCCCCGGCGGGAGAUCACGGGCGUGCAAGCGCAGCCCGGCGAGGCUGCGGGCACCGAGGCCAGCCAGGAGCAGCCGGUCACCAUGAUCUUCAUGGGCUACCAGAACGUGGAAGACGAGGCGGAGACCAAGAAAGUGCUGGGCUUGCAGGAUACCAUUAAGGCCGAGCUGGUGGUGAUCGAGGACCCGGCCCCGCCCAACGGCAGCGCCCAGGAGCCCUCGGCCCCCGCCGCCCCCGCCCCGGACACCAAGGAGGAGAACCAGGCUGGGGAGAAGCCCGGCCUGCAGAGCCAGCCAGUCGACGUCACGGCCAGCGCGGACAAAGACCUGGAUAUGAAGAAGCAGCGCUGUCGGUGUUGUUCUGUGAUGUGAGGCCCCGGCCCCCGGCCCCGACGCCGCCUUCGAGCCACUCUGUGCCGUACCCUGCUGGCCAAACUGCCAAGGCCCAGCGCUCUCCCUCCCCCCGGACGCCAGCGCCCUCACACUCACUCACAGCCCCACUGACACGGACGUCUCCCUGCAGCAGCCUCCGCGUCCCGGCCCCCUGCACACACCGACCCCGACCCGAUGCCCGAGCGCUCUGGCGCCCCCUUCGGCCGCCCCAGGAACAUCGUGCGCGGGGACCCAGGACUGGAUCCCGCAGACGCGCAGCGAUCUCUCUCACACAGACACGGGCCCCUCGCUGCAGUUCCCUCCCCCUUCCUUAACAAGGACGUGGCUGUGCGGUUUGCAAGGGUCGCCCCUGGGCCCGCCUUCCGCCCGGGGGCGCGCGGAAGGCCUCGGGGCGCCUCCUUUUCUGUCCCGAUGCUGCCCUCCGGCGGCGGGUGCGGGCUCCGGCCCGGCCCUGCUACUGCAUCUGUGGGACUUUGAGCACGGGGCCUCCCGCGGCCUCGGUUAGUGGAGAGUGAGGCCCUGGGGGGGCGGCCUUCCAGCUCCGGGUGGGGUCUCCGCCCUGUCCCGCGCAGGGGAGGGCCCGGGAGGGAUGGAGGCCGGAGGAGCUGGACCUGAGAGGCUGUCCCUCCUGGCUCUGCGGCUCCGAAUGGAUCGGAACUGGGGCUCCUCCCAGCGUCCCCUGGCGCUCCUGUGUUACUUGGUCCUGCUCAGUGGGGGGGAAACAGAACUUGUGAACCUGGAACCGGCUGAGGAAGGCAGGGGGAACCAGAGCCGAGACUGCCGGAAGCUGCGGGCUGGGAGUGAUGGGGAAGGGUUCUUCCUUAGGUGUGUUCAGCGAAAACUGGUCCCCCUUUCCUCGGCCUUGGUGGAGAGACUCCCAGAGCUUUUACUGUCUUGAAUUGUGUGUGGUAAACUUUUGCUCUAGAAUGUAGGGACAUUGUUGGACUCUGAACUCGGGCCCUCUUCAGGUACAGAGGCCGGCUGUAGAGCCCGCUGGCGAGCUCCGGUGGGAGUCCCUCCCCGCAGGGGACAAGGCCCAGGCCUUCCGGGGCCGGGCUGCUGAGGUGAUCAGCUUGGCCCCAGCCUGUCCUCAAGCCCCGCCUUGGGACCAGAUUAGGGUGAGCCAGGUGCAGUUGGGACGGGAGGCCCCCUGCAGAGCGCCUCGGUGGCCCUUGGCGCCCAAGGUUUGGGUGACUUCCUCACUAGAGGCUCUCGUGGAUGUGGGUGCCCUAGCAUGCUUCUCCCCAGCUGACCAUCCCCCUCCGCCCCUUGACCCCCUGGGCCCUCUCCAUCUGGUGCUUCUCUCUUUGGCUGAGCCAGGCCCGGGGUAGGAGGGGACUUGAUUUGGAACUUGCCAGAGACUGCCCCGUUUCCCUCCUGCGCCAUCUAAUAUCUGCUCUGCCGGCCAGCUUGGGUUUGCUAGGGAACACAAGCAUGUCCCCUCGCCCUUGGCCCAGAGCCGUCUAACAGACUGAAGUCCUGGAGCUGGGCCCUUAUUCGGAGGGCCCCGGGGCCAGGCCCAGAGGCUCUCAGUAAGCCCCCCUCUGGAGCAGCCUGGCCCAGCAGCCCCUGAGGGCCAGUCCUGGCCGGCCUCAGCUCAUUUCUCCAGUGGGCCACGGAGCAUGGGGACAAAGCCUCCCUCCCCAUCCCUGCUGUUGCCCGAGCUACCGCUACCAGGAGGAGCACCCCUUCCACGCCCAUGACCCCCUGGUCCAGUAGUCCCCAGUUUUGUGAAUUCUAAAAGCUACAGGUUAGACCUCGGUGCCCAGGAAAAUUGUAUUCUAGGAAGUGUGAAAGUGCUUAGAAAGGGAAGUCAAUAAAAUGGUGGUCACCGGGAGCCAGCACGAGUCCACCGAGAUGAAGUCUCGCCGCCUUCUUGGAUAGGGUUGUUGCUGGAUGGGUCGGAGAUCUCCCUUCACCACGCCGGGUUUGGCAGUCCUGAACGGUGUCCCAUGUGGUAUGAAUAGGGUAACAUAAGGAUUUCAAUACUAGUGAUAUUUUUCCCUCAAAUAUUAAAUAUGAAAUUAUGUAUGUACCCGGGAUAUUUGUGUGGCAGUUUUUCAGCUUGGACCCAGCCUGUCCUCAAACGCUAGCCCCUUCUUGGGACCAGAUUAGGGUGAGCCAGGUGCAGUUGGGACAAGGUCCCCUGCAGAACACCUCGAUGGCACGUGGAGCCCCUUCCUCUUCAGAGGAAGUGUAUUUUGUUCUGGUAUUUUCCUCACUGCUGCCACUGUUUUCCCCCCUUCCCCAAUUCUGGAUAUGUGCUAGAAAUACUUGCCCCCCACCCCUAAAUGCUUAGAGCCAUCUCGAACCCAAAGUUGUCUGUGGUAAUGAGUUUGGGUGCCCUCUUCACACACAUUGAAAUGUAUACACGUACAUGUUCGUGUGCACACACACCUGUACCCCGAUCUAUGUUGGCUUUGACCUUCCCACCCCCGGCUCAGUGCCAUUGAGUGGCCCGGCCCCUGGGGGCCAGCAUGGCCAGGCAGGUCCCUGGUAUGGGAGGGGUACAGCACCCCCAAUGCCUUUCUGCUCCCCCAUCAUGGCCCGGAGACCAGAGCAGGGAGGGAAGGUGUGGGCACCCUCGCGCCUCCCUUCCUUGCUUAUUCUCUCAUUCCAGCCAGUUGUGCCCCUCCCCAAGGUCUGCCCCAAAAUUCUGCCCUUUGUGCCUCCCAUAAGUGUCCUUCCUUAAAUCUACCCUCUUUCAGUGAAAAGGCCCUCACGAGUUCCAUUCACUGUUUGUAAUGACAAAAGUACUCCCCAAAAUCAAUCUUUUCUUCUUCUCUCUCCUCCCUUCCCCCUUUGGAGAUGCAAAUAAACAGUGUGAACAGCCUGCCCCUA